CAACACACAGAGACCCCAAAAAACCUAGCUAUUCGGGUCAUAAUUCGGAGCUCCAUAUGUGUAGGUCGACGGACUACCCGGGCUUUCAGGCCAAGAGAGAAGCCCUAAGGAUUCAAGCUUUCUUCCUCCGCUUCAAGGGUUUGGAUCCCAACAAGCCCUUGCCGGAGUCGCUCACUCUUUCUUAUCUUCCGAGGAUCAACGGCACCACGCUCGAGGUUGCCGGGUCGAAGAUCCGACCCGACUCGCCGGCUUUCGUGACGCUCCACCGCGCCGUGAAUGCGAAGGUGAGGAAGGGGGAGGCGAUAUUCGGGUCGCGGGAGGCGGUUCGGGCUGGCGAUGGGGUCCAGUUCGAGGCGUACUUGAGGGAGGAGAAGGUGCUGAAGGGGGUAUUCAGGAAAGACGAGGGGCAGGAUUGGAAAUUGGAGUGCAAGUGCGUCCUGGAGACCGCCGCGGGGGUUACGGAGGCGGAGGUGUGCGUGGCGGUGGAGGGACACGUGACGAUGAUUGAGAGGGUGGCGAUGGUGGUGAAAAGGCGGGGAAAGUGUGGGUUCCACCCGCUGGAGGAGAUUCCGGAGGUGGGCGACGAAUCGGACGGGGGGCGUUGUUGUAUAUGUGGGGAAAUGGACGGUGGGGAUUGGGUGGAGGUUGGUGAUGUGGAUGAGGAGGAAGAAGCGGUGGAGGAGGAGUUGGAAAUGGAUGUGGAGGGAGUGAGAUGGGCUGUGGAUGUGGGCCUUUGGGUCAUGUGUUUGGGUGUGGGCUACUUGGUUUCUAAGGCCUCGUCCAAAAGCUUGAGACGCCGGAGAUUUUUUUGAUUUUUUUUUCUUGAAAUUUUGAGACCAAGUUGUACAGUUGCAAAAGCACAGCUAUAAAUUCUAUGAUAUGAAAAGAUCGAAUCAAAGAUAACUGUGGAGAUGUGUCAUUUGUAUCAAUAUAACAGAAAAAAGAGAAAGGGCACUUGCAAACUUUUAGCCUAAAAGCGUGUCUGGGUUGGAGCCAAGCAUCAAAGGCAUUGGUGAUUGGUGUCACCAUUGGGCAUCUUUGUUCUUCUGGGUUAUAGCUUGCGACUUUGGCUUUC